CCUCCUAGUCCCUUGUUCCACGGCUCCAGCUUCACCAGAUCUCAGAAUGGACCCCAGCUGCUCCUGCUCCACAGGCAACUCCUGCACCUGCUCCAGCUCCUGUGGCUGCAAAGACUGCAAGUGCACCUCCUGCAAGAAGAGCUGCUGCUCCUGCUGCCCCGUGGGCUGCUCCAAGUGUGCCCAGGGCUGUGUCUGCAAAGAGGCCUCUGACAAGUGCACGUGCUGUGCCUAA